GCUCGUGCGGCCGCGCUGGGCGGAGCCGGGAGGGAUUUAAACACCAACAGCGGCCGGGGCGGGGCGACGUGAGGGAGCGGAGCUCGGCAUGGCGGGCGUGCGGCUGGCGCCGUGUGACGGGGGCUGCCCCGUAGCGCUGCCGCCGGGGGAGACGCUGCUGGGACGCGGCCCUUUGCUGGGUAUUACUGAUAAGCGAGUAUCCCGAAAACAUGCCAUAUUGGAAGUGGUGGGUGGCCAGGUUCGCAUCAAACCGAUUCAUGUAGAUUCAUGCUUUUAUCAGUCUCCUGAGAACGGCCGGCUGCUACCAUUGGAAGCUCAUGAAUGGCACUCAUUGAAAUUUGGUGAUAGUUUUUCCCUGAUGGUUGACAAAUACAUCUUCAAGGUCCUUUCUGCUCAACCUGUGGAGAGCACAGAGAGGAAUAAUGAAGAGGCUGAUGCAGAAGCAGCAGUAAGUGUUCACCCUGUUGAGAUAUCUCAUAGUCCUUCGUUACCUGAGCCAGCAUGUUCCACCUCUGGGAUGCAAGGUAGCACAAAAACAAGAAGAGAUGACUCUACUUCCACACAUCUGGUUCAUUUUUCUGAUGAUGAUGAAAGUGAACAGUCAAAAUCUAUUCAGAGGAGAAGGGUGCUUCCAUCAUGGAUGCUGGAAAAAGACCUCCUGGUUCCAAGGAUUUCUGAGCCUAUAAUGAGAGGAGGUGAUAGAAACAAAAAAAGCCACGGAAGGGGAAAAAGCAAUAUGGAGUCUUUAAAAUCAGAAGUAAAUAUUCUGCAGAGAAAAAGAUCAGCUUCUGAAGAAAUUAAAGAGAAUUUUGAAGAUGAAGAGCAAGAUGAGGAGGAAAGGAGACGACUGUCCUCUUCAUUACAGAAUGCAUCUGGAUUUUCUCUUGAAAGUACCAUGGGAAACAUAGAAAGAAAAGGCAAGACUGAAACAAAAAAAGCUGGAAGUUCUGUGGAAAAAAGUGACAGGCAGCUGCAUAGUAAACGAUGUAAACCAUCAGGUCAGAUCUCCAGAAAGACAAAUAGACUUGAGGAAUCAGAAAACAAAGGACAGCUUACUUGUUCUACAAGCCAACAAGCUCCCCGGGACAGGACUUCACCUACUGGUGCCCAGGAAGGUGUUCAUGAGCCCAGUGCAGAUGUGGAUCACGACACUGAGAUUUCUUAUACAACCAAAGGUGCUGAGGCUUCAGAAAGCUCCAGAAAGAUGAAGCAUGAGAGGACACCUUGCAUGUAUGGAGCAGGCUGUUACAGGAGGAAUCCCAUUCACUUUCAGCAGUUCAGUCACCCUAAUGAUGAUGAUUAUUAUGAAACACAUAGUGUAACUCAAGAUGACAAUGAUAACCGCCCCGAAUGUCCAUAUGGAACUGCUUGCUAUAGGAAAAAUCCACAACACAAACUUGAAUACAAGCACACCGUACCUCCAGUAACUGAAAGACGAACCCGACAACGAACUUCCAAGAAUGGAAAAAGGGGUUUAGAGGAAGACAGUGAUAACGAUGGUGAACCAAAUGAAUACGAUCUCAAUGACAGCUUCAUAGAUGAUGAGGAAGAGGAGUGUGAACCUACUGAUGAAGAUUCUGACUGGGAACCAAGUUCAGAAGAAAAGGAUAAUGAAGAUGUUGAAACACUUGUGAAAGAAGCACAGGGAUUUGUUAAGACCAAAAAGUAGCUGCACUGAAUAACAUUAAGAAUGUGCAAUCCGGUUGUGUUAAAAUUUGGGUGUGCAAGAACAGAAAUUGCUUUGAAAACUACUUUUUCCUCAGUGAUGUAUGGGGAGAGCUUUAUGGUGGUGAAGGGAUUCAGCAAUACCUUUCAUUUUGUGUGAAUUUCACACUUUUUAUUUUAAGUGGUGGAGUUAAAUGAUUGAUCUCUGGGAUUCUACUGUGUGUCAGCUGCAGUAGGACUUUGUAAAACAAAACUUUCUCAGCUAUUUCUUCUCCAACAUCAUUAGUCUGGCUGUACAAAAUACAAUUUUAAAGGUUUAUAAUGCUUUAUCUCUCCAUCUAAAUACUGACAUUAGAAAAGCCUUCAGAUUUGCUGAAAAAUAUGUACUGUGUUAAAUAAAGAGGAACUAGAUAGACUUCAUACCUGCCGUGUCACAGGCUGAUUCUUGGCCAUCACCGAGGAAAUCUGUCUAAACUGUUUUACUUUUCAGUUAUUGAAACUUUACAUUUCAUUACUCAGCUACUAGCUUUCCUUUUAAGCUUUACUUCUUUGAUUGUCUCGCUGUACAGCAGUUAAAUACUGGUUGUCUGAAUAACUUCAGAAUAUCUAAGUGUACUGAAUGUCUGAUGAUAUCCCCACACAAAUUAUGGUGUAUUUGCUUUAAUUACAAUGCCUGUUCAACUACACAUUCCUGUUCAAAUUCUUCACCAAAAAGCUUAAAUAAAACGACUAUUUUUGCACAAUUAAACUUACGAUAAGCCAUGAGGGGAAAAAACCUCAUAACUGUGUCUCUGUGCUUUUUCUUCAAAGGCUUUAUUGGAACACACUGCCUUCAGUGUGUUCACAGCUUUCCUGAGUUUAAGUUAAAAAAUUUGAAUGUGUUUCUAGGCAGAUGAUUGAAGCAAUGUUAAUUUAGGAGGGUUUUUUCUUGCUGUUGUUUGUUUUGUUUUUUAAUAUAUAAUACAGAAAUUCAGCAGGGAUACUGUUCUUGUGUGACUUUGUGAAUUUUUUCCUAAUUAUGGUUGAAUAAUAGAUAUCCAAAAGCAUUUUGAGCAUUUUAGUUGGGUGAUGAAAUGCUCUCUGCGGGUAAACUUCUGGGAGUACGUGUUCCAGCUGAUCACUUUUCUGCAGCAUAUUCCCAGCAUGAAGAAAAAUACUGUUUUCUAGGGCUUCAGAAGAAGCAGAUAUUUGUAGUAGUUUCCUGUCUCUUUAAUAUGCUUUUGCAGUCUUAUGUUUUUAAAUCAUUUUUAUACUGUUAUAUCUUUGCUUGAAGAGAUUGAGUGUCAUCAAAGCAAACUGCUAUUCAGAUCUGUAUUCUGACUACGUAAUCUUUCUUGCAGAGCCCUCAUAAAGUUACUGAGAAUAAAUUGGAUGUUACUGCAAAUUGGUUUGGAGCUAAUUUUGGAUACACAAUAGUAACUUGCAAAGUGAGACUGCAGUUUCUCUUAAAAAUAAUGAAAAUACAAAUGCUCACGAUGGGCAACCGUUCCGUUUCUGUUUGCUAAGGACCUAGGUGAUAUAUACGGCGUCAGAUCAGUUCUGUGACCUUAAUCUUCCUCAAGUAGAAACGUUCAUUAUUGUAAUGUUAUCCUGUGAAUGGCUGUCUAAGCUGCUCAAAGGAGAUAUUAGCAUUUGGAAAACUGAAAUAGCUUUUUGUCACGGGAGGCUCAUAAUGAGGUGUGUAAUCACAAAAGCAAGUGUGCAUAUGAUUCAUGGUUUGUGUGAUAGCUUAAGAUUUACUACUGAUACUCUGGGACUGAAAAAAAAAUUGUAAUGUCAAAGGUAUUGUAUAAGGGUAGGAUGAAGCUGUUCAGGAGUAUUUUCCUCUUAUUUUCUUUUGAUCUCAGUGUAUGUUUUUAUUUUUCUAGAUGGAGAAUAUUUUAACUGCAAGAUAUUUGAAUGUUGAGUGAAAGUACUCAGUUCGUGAUACAGGUAAGACCUCUCAGUUAACAAGAGACUAAAUGCCAAGUUCUCCUUUGUUUUCAGUCUGUCAGGUAUGCACUAAAAUUCAGUGGAGUGAGAUAUAGCCUAAUUCUCUCUGCCUGGAAUUUAUUCUGUAAAUAUACUAAUACUGCUUUGGGAGGAAUUUCCAGAAUUUAAAAACUAAAAUGAAACUAAAGUAUGUCAUCAAAUGUUUUAAGCCAUGGUUGUUAAUAGAAAACGUGAUAAAUUAAAUUUAAAGCUAUGGGUUAACACUGUUAUGGUUGCUCUGAAACCUCUAGAUGAACCUUGAGGCUUUGCUUGCCAGUCUGAGAUGUAAGACAAUAACACAUAAGGAAUGAAAGGGGUGCCUACAUUAAUGAAAAGUUCCUGUUUCUAAAUGAGCAUUUGGAAUAGCAAAGAGUGCAAAAUAUAGCACGUGCACUGACUUUGUCUCUCUUACUGUCUGUAUUUCUGCCUCAAUUGAAAUUAAAAAAUAGUUUACCUCAUCUACGCCUAAUGAGGCAAAGAUCAAGUGCAAAAAAGCCUUUGACUGAAUACUGAAAAUUAACGAUCCAUGUCAAUUAAGGCUAUUCAAACUGUGCAACUAGCAGACUUCUCUGUAGAAUUAUAAAUUUUCUGCAUAUGAACUGUAGAGCUUUGGGGAAUCACCUGGGUGAAGCAGCUUAAUCAAGGACUGCAAUAGAAAAUAGUGUGGGUGGAGAAGUAACAGAAAAAAUGAAUGCAAAAAGUGCUUCUUCCUCCCCAUUAAUGCGCCUGAAACAAAACCAAAAUCACAGCAGCAAGUUACAAGAAAAGGUAAAAUGGUUAUAAUAAAACCCAGAAGAGAGAAGUAUGGCUAAAUGAGAUGGUCAGACCUUAA